GAAAACUUCGGUGACAAUAAACAACAGUCAAACAAUUUCCGAAGUUCUGCGACGGGUAGAGAUUUCUCUCGCGUAUAGGCUCGCCACCCCAAGGAAGCGGAUAACCGGUAUUUUUCUAGUCGCCUAUUAAGACAUCAGAUUACACGUAAAUAGUGAACUAAAAAUGGAUGUAUUUUUAGUAAUACGACGCAAGAAAUCAACUAUUUUCACCGAUGCCAAGGAGAACACUACCGUCACGGAACUGAAGAAAAUAAUUGAAGGUAUUUUAAAGAUUAAACCUAGGGACCAAAUGCUCUUUAAUAAAGAAAAUUUGGUAAUGGAAGAAGAAAAACUUCUGCAGGAUUAUGGUAUCACAACAAUUACAGCCAAACCUCAGACACCAGCGCAACUGGGCCUAGCUAUACGAAUGGAAAAUGGAGAAUUUGAACAACUCGAAAUCACACCAUACUCAUCGCCUCCAGAAUUACCAGACGUUAUGAAAAAUCAUGAAGCAGCGAAUGGUCAAGAACAAGUGGCUUAGAUUCAUUUAUUAUGUUUUUUCUAUAAUUAUUAAUAUAUUUUCUUUUUAAAUUUCAUCAUAUUUACGACUAAGUAAAAAAUCAAAUGUUUUAUUUUUUAACAAAUUGGACCGAUAUUUUGAUAGUAGAACAUCUAUGAAAUGAAAUUCGUAACUAUGGCAAAUUAAAUGAAAUAUUCUUUAAGACGACUGUGCGUUUUGGAUAUGUUACGUAAGCAGUGCAUUCAUACACAUAAAUAUCCAUUUAUUCGCAAAUGAACUGGGAGAAAACUGAACACAACGCUUGCAAGUGGUGAAUAUACUCAACAAAUGAUAUGUCAUAGAUAAUAAUUGAAAAAAUUGAGAUUUUAUGAAGAUUGUAAACAAAAAUCAUUCUGUAGAGCUAUGGAUGCAAAACAGAGAGAUCGAUUCAAAUAAACUUUGCAAGAUUUGAGACACA